AUGUUUAAAAAAGAUAUCCCCGUCAGUCAACGCUCAAAGGUCAAGUCCUCGGUCGCGCGAGGUCUCCGCCAAAGACUCUUGGAAGCAUACCCAGGUUUCGAGCCGUAUAUCGAUGAAAUCCUUCCUAAGAAAGCGCAGCUGGAUGCUGUGAAGCUACCAGAACGAUCAACCCUCUACACAAUCGAUUCCACCCCGCUCUUCUACCAACCCAUGGACGGUCCCCCGAUUCCCCACCUCAAGAUCCUCCACAAGUACCCCUCUGCCCUACCAACUGUGCAAAUCGACCGCGGCGCGAUCCGUUUCGUCCUCUCCGGCGCGGCCCUGAUGGCUCCUGGUUUGACAUCGCCCGGUGGCCGGUUACCGGAGACUGAGAAUGCGCUGGAGAAGGGGGCGGUGGUCGCUGUCAAGGCCGAGGGCAAGGAGCAUGCUUGUUUGGUUGGGACGUUGAAGGUCGGUACCGAGGAGAUGAAGAGUAAAGGGAAGGGUGUGGUUAUGGAGGAUGGACAUUACUUGGGUGAUGGGUUGUGGAAGAUGCAUUUGGAUUAA